AUCCCAUCCCACACCAUUGGGAUGGACGAUAGCUUCUUCCGCCUCGGCGGUGACUCGAUCACCGCUUUGCGCCUCGCCGGUGCCGCUCGCUCCAGCGGCCUUGAUCUCUCCGCAGCCCAUCUUUUUCGGUAUCCAACACUUUCUCAGCAGACCUCACUCAUAUCCUGUUCAUCUCCUGAUGUUGCUCUUGCCACGGACCCUGGUCCUCUACCUUUGCUUGAUGAGGACGUUCCUGACUCUGCCUCCUUUCGUCAACUUGCCGCUGUGAAUGGUGGUGCUCACAUGACCUGAGGCCACCUCAUCCUGCCUCUAUGAUCCUAUUAUUUUGGUACGUAUUUCGAGCCAUUCGAUGGCUACCAUAGCUGUUCGUCACUCCGUAUAUAAUCUCACUCAGCCUCGGGUUCAAAUUAUACUCUCUCCGCUACUUCAUAACAAGCCGACUAUAUCAAGUCUCACCAGUGCACGUAUUAUAUUCUGUUGAAACGACGUUUUAGGUCAAUAUUGAAGUCGUAAUAAACGCUUGAUUCUUCUAUCUAGGCGCGCUCGGAAGGAGCGGUUGAGGUUACGGAGUUUACGCGUCACGUGACCUCGACUAGUAGUAAUCUACUGAGAUUACGUUCCAAC